AUCUGGUGCAAGUAUGAUAUCCAAUUCUUAUUAAACUUGAAAAUUUGUUUUGAGAGCUUGUUAUUAAUUGUGUGUUUUUAACAGGUUUUUGAAGGAACGGUUGCUAGAUGUUAAUGGAUUAAGUAGACUAUAUGCAUUUUUAAAUCCUGGGGCCAUUGCCUCUGAUGCUGGGGAUUAUAAUGCCCGUUCUCGAGCACUGCGCAAACGUAUUCUUGAAAUUGAUAAUCCGGCUAAAUGGAUUAUUGCCCCCUACAACAAUUAGUAAGUAAAUUUAAAAUUUAUAGUUUCAUAAUUUAUAACUCUACAUAAUUUAUGGUUAAUCUAACAUGUUUGUUUGUGUAGUAAUAUGUAUCAUUGGAUGGUUGUACUUAUCCAACCAAGUACACAUACAGUAGCGUACUUGGAUUCCAACAAUGGAUAUGUACCAGAAGAUUUAAAAUACAUUGUUAACACGUCGCUCAACAUAGUUAAUAAAAGCUUAACUAACCGCAAUGAUCGUCCCAUUGAGUGGAUAACUCCGAUAUGUCCACAACAACCAGACGGGAAGCAAUGUGGAUAUUAUGUCAUGAAAUUUAUUGAGAGUUUCAUGAACGAAGAAGAUCCAAUACGCCGAGUGAGAGAAAUGGGUAAGAGCGAUCCGUACUCAAAUGACGAGAUGAAUAUUUUGCGUGAUCAGUGGAUUGAAUAUGUUCGAGCACAAGCAGUGCGACAAGGGCUUUUACAAUGAUUAGUUUCUAUUUUUGUUUAUACUUUAUCCUAACUAAUUAGUGACAAUAUACAGUAAAAAUUAAUUAAUGUAGGGAAAAUUUUACUAUGUAAAACAGGAUCUGUUUAACUUUCACUAAUGACAAUAUAUAUACUUUAUCCUAA